AUGCGUUACGUGUUACCGGUAACGGGUAAUGGAAAUCCGUUACCUGUUACAAGUAACGGUAACAAAAAUCCAGUAACGGAU